GGAUUUCUAUGGCCAUGAAGCUUUUGAGCGGAGAUACACCGCUGGUCUGUGAGCUUGCGCUUCGCCCCCUGGCUUUAGUUUUCUGGAGCAUUCUUGGGGCCAGAGCAUUGGACAAUGGCUUGGCGCGGACACCUACUAUGGGCUGGCUGCACUGGGAACGUUUCAUGUGCAACCUUGACUGCCAAGAAGAGCCUGAUGCCUGCAUAAGUGAGCAACUGUUCAUGCAGAUGGCAGAGCUCAUGGUCUCUGAUGGCUGGAGGGACGCGGGUUAUGAAUACCUCUGCAUAGAUGACUGCUGGAUGGCUCCCGAGAGGGAUUCAAAGGGCCGGCUUCAGGCAGAUCCCAAGCGCUUUCCUAGUGGGAUCAAACACCUCGCUAAUUACGUCCACAGCAAAGGCUUAAAGCUAGGGAUUUAUGCAGAUGUUGGCAAGAAAACCUGUGCAGGUUUCCCUGGGAGCUUUGGAUCCUAUGACAUUGAUGCCCAGACAUUUGCUGACUGGGGUAUAGAUCUGCUAAAAUUUGAUGGUUGUCACUGUGACAGUGUGGUAUCCUUGGCGAAUGGUUACAAGUACAUGUCCUUGGCCUUGAACAGGACUGGCAGAAGUAUUGUGUACUCCUGUGAGUGGCCUCUUUAUUUGAGACCCUUUCAUAAGCCUAAUUAUACAGAUAUCCAAUAUUACUGCAAUCACUGGAGAAAUUUUGAUGAUGUUUAUGAUUCCUGGGAAAGCAUAAAGUCUAUCUUGGCCUGGACAGUAACUCACCAGAAGGACAUUGUUGAAGUCGCCGGACCAGGGGGCUGGAAUGACCCAGACAUGUUAGUGAUUGGCAACUUUGGCCUCAGUUGGGACCAGCAGGUAACACAGAUGGCCCUCUGGGCUAUCAUGGCAGCUCCUCUACUCAUGUCCAAUGAUCUCCGACAAAUCAGCUCUCAAGCCAAGGCUCUACUUCAGAAUGAGGAUGUAAUUGCCAUCAACCAAGACCCCUUGGGCAAGCAGGGGUACUGUUUUAGAAAGGAAAACGAAAUUGAGGUUUGGGAACGGCCACUCUCAAACCUAGCCUGGGCCGUGGCUGUGAGAAACCUGCAGGAGAUUGGUGGACCUCGUUUUUACACCAUCCAGAUUUCUUCCCUGGGUCGAGGACUAGCCUGCAAUCCUGGCUGCAUCAUCACUCAGAUUCUCCCUGAGAAAGUACAUCUAGGCUUCUAUGAAUGGCCUUUAACCUUAAAAACUCGAAUAAAUCCCUCAGGUACUGUUUUGCUUCGGUUAGAAAGAUAAACUAUACUAUGUUGGAAGGCAGAGAUCUGCAUAAGUGCCCAGUUUUCCUAAAGACCAAACUAUUCCCUGCCCUUCCCUGUUUCACCUUAGGCUUUUGAAAUUAAGUGGGUACUCCUGUGCCAGGCACUGUAACAGAUGCUUCCUGUCUACCGGUUGAUUUUAAUCAUCACAACCCCAAAGCAGGUGUUUAUCCACUAUAAUCUGUACAGCUAGAUCAGAUUAAAAAAACUUGAUUGUUUUUUUUUUAAAUGUGGUUCAAGUGUUUUGCUUUUAUGUAUGAGUUCCACAUGCAUACCUGGUGCCCAGGAAGUCAGAAGCCGGCACGAAAUCCUCUGGAACUGAACCUGAGACCUCUGUAAAGAACAAGUGCUCUUAAUCGCUGAGCCAGCUCUCUAGCACCUAUAACCAGGAUUCAGAGCUAAGCCAACUAGACACAAAUCAGUAGGGGUACUUGGCAUGGACUGCUUAUAGUCUAAUAAAAAGGAAAAAAAAUGAAAAUCUGUUUCCUCAGUUAAAAACUCAUGUACCUAAGUUACUCUAAGAUUAGAGUAAGCCAGCAGUAUAUUUUAGAAAUUUACAAGCAGUUUCAUUUCAGAAAGCUGAAGCAGAAUUGCCAAUGUGGAAACCAGUCCAGGAUAUGUAACAGAAUCACAAGCAAAAUGAUGUACCUCUGAUAUUCUGAAUGUGCAAAAACACCUGAGAUAUUGAAGGGGUUGGAUGAAACCCAGUCACGGGUGAGAGUCGAGCAUGUAAGCAGUAUGGCUGCUCUCUGUGAGGACUCAUUCCCAGUACUCACAUGGAGGCAGAGGACUGCUAACAUUAGUCCCAGGGGAUCUGACCACCCUUUUGAGUCAUUUGUAGACUAGUUUUACUGCUG